CCCCGGGCGGGAGGCGGCCGGCCCGGCCCGGCCCGUUCGGCCUGGGCAGCAUCGCCGCUCCGGACGGGCGGCCCCGCUCCCGAGCCGCGGCACGGCGGCACCGCCUGGGCGUGCCGGGUUCUAUGUAAUCUCAUUGGGCAACAACAGUGGAACUCGUCUGUCCAAAAUGGUUUAUGGUGAAUUUUUCCGCAGACCUGGCAAAGAUGCAGAACUUAUCAAUUUGAAUGUGGGUGGCUUUAAACAAUCUGUGGAUCAAAGCACCUUGCUCCGAUUUCCCCAUACCAGACUCGGAAAACUUCUCAAGUGCCAUUCAGAAGAGGCUAUUCUAGAGCUGUGUGAUGAUUAUAGUGUGGCAGACAAGGAAUAUUACUUUGACAGGAAUCCUUCCUUGUUCCGAUAUGUUCUGAACUUUUACUAUACAGGCAAACUUCACGUUAUGGAAGAGCUUUGUGUCUUUUCCUUCUGCCAGGAAAUAGAGUACUGGGGGAUAAACGAGCUGUUUAUUGAUUCUUGCUGCAGCAAUCGGUACCAAGAACGGAAAGAGGAAGGUCCUGAAAAAGACUGGGAUCAGAAGAGCAACGACAGUAUGGACUCCUCCAAUGAAGAGUCAUCCAUAUUUGAUAAAGAGCUAGAAAAAUUUGAUAAUCUGUGUUUUGGUGAAAUAAGAAAGAAGAUCUGGGUCAGGAUGGAAAAUCCUGCAUACUGCUUGUCUGCCAAGUUAAUUGCCGUGUCAUCCCUGAGUGUUGUUCUGGCAUCAAUUGUGGCCAUGUGCAUUCAUAGCAUGCCAGAAUUUCAAAGGCUGGAUGCCAAUGACAGGGAGAUUGGAGACCCUGUGCUUGAAGCUGUGGAGAUUACGUGCAUAAUCUGGUUUACUGCUGAGCUAGUGAUCAGGCUCUUCACUGCUCCAAGUCAAAAGAAGUUCUGGAAGAAACCACUGAACAUCAUUGAUUUUGUCUCUAUUAUCCCAUUUUAUGCCACACUGGCUGUGGACACAAAGGAAGAAGAAAGUGAAGAUAUUGAGAACAUGGGGAAAGUGGUUCAGAUCCUGCGGUUAAUGAGGAUAUUUCGCAUCCUGAAACUGGCCAGGCACUCCGUAGGACUGCGGUCCUUGGGAGCCACUUUGAGACACAGCUACCAAGAAGUUGGACUUCUGCUUUUGUUUUUGUCAGUUGGGAUUUCUAUCUUUUCAGUGCUUGUCUACUCAGUGGAGAAAGAUGAUGACUCAUCAGAGCUGCAGAGCAUCCCUAUUUGCUGGUGGUGGGCAACCAUCAGCAUGACCACUGUUGGUUAUGGGGACACUUACCCGGUCACACUUGCUGGAAAGCUGCUCGGCACCCUCUGCAUUAUCUGUGGGAUACUGGUGGUAGCACUUCCAAUCACCAUUAUUUUCAAUAAGUUUUCUAAGUACUACCAAAAGCAAAAAGCUAUUGAUAGAGACCAGUGCAACAAUGAUCGCAAAGAGAAAAGCAAUGACCUACCCUAUUUUAACAUUAGGGAUAUUUAUGCAAAAAAGAUGCACUCCUUCAUUUCUAGCCUUUCUUCAGUAGGAAUUGUAGUCAGUGACCAAGAUUCAACAGAUGCCUCCAGUAUCCAAGAUAUGGAGGAUGUUUAUAACGCAGUAUCUUUAGAGAAUGGUACAGGAAAAUGAGUUGAAUCACAUUUGCUUCACUUUUUUUCUCUUCUGAUUCUUGGUAAAUGUGGACUGACAAACUUCAGUGAAUUCAUUAAGAGCAGUCGAUUCUCAGGGUUCUUAACUCAGCCAUAUUUGGACAUUCUUUGCUCUGAGGAUGCCAUAAAAGCUUCAUUGUUUAUAUGAGGCUUUAAAAUAUGCCUCAUAUAGUGGUUUAUUUUUUACACAACUAGUGUUAGGCAUUUUUGGGGACAAAAAAUUGGGAAAAGAGUUUUACAUGUGAGAUAAGUGGGUUUUUUUUUUUGUUUUCAUGGAUAUUGUUUUUGAUUUGUUCAUUGUUUUUUCCACUGCAGCAGUCUCAUAUCUUACACAGAAUUUGCUUUUAUAAUUUGCUGCUUUUCAGGUAGAGAUGUAUUAAAAAUGUAUAAGAACUAUUGCACAAGUUAGUGAAGUUUUCACUUGCAAAUACAUUACAUAAAGGAAGGAAUUAUGUACAUGUGAAACUGUGCUCUCUAACACAUUUAUGUAAUUUUAGAGUUGGGAAUCCAUUUUCCAAGUUGGGGCAGAAAAUAUAUUGGUACAUAUUGUUUUUUACUGCAUGGAAGCAUAAUAUUUAUUAAUUUCUUUCCAAAAGCACAAUACAUUUUUAGUUUGUUAAAAUAAAUUAUUCCCAUUGUGCCUGUAUUUUUCCUAGGAUCCAGCCAUGGCUAAGCUCUAUCAGGUCCUCGAGGUUUUUAGUCAUAAUUCCCAGGAUAAAGUGUCUGGUGUAAGCAGGAUAGGAGCUUUUUGUUCCAGUUAGCCACCUCUCCUGCUGUUGUGACCCUGAACAAUCCUGGUGCCUGGAGGGGAUCUUGCUGUGAUUAAGGCCACCCCGGUGGCUUCCCCAGGAACUUGGAUUUGUGGCUACUGAAGCAAACAUCUUUGGUGGUCUUUAGAAGUUGCUGCUCCCCAGUGCCAGCCCAGUGGCAGGAGCAGUGGGAGCAGCAGCUCGGCUGCUGUGCUGGGUCUCUGUCCAGGGCUGAAGUGCCGAGCAGUGGAGAUGGGAGCACAUCCUCUUCUCUGCCCCGUGUUCCUGUCAGGGAUGUAGGGUGGGAAUUGCACCUGGGCAUCUGUAUCAGGACUAUUUCAGCUCAUUUUUCUAAAGCUCAUCUGCUGGUGGUGGCAGCUUUCCUGGUGUGUGCUGUGUGCUGGAGCAGUGCUCAUUGCUUGGCAGAGUCCUGCAGCUCUGUGCAUUCCCCUCCUCUCCAGGGAUUUCUGAAGCAGCCAGCUAGCUCUGCUCUGUUUCAAGCGCUGCUGGAGAAGCUCAAGGACCUUAGAGUGUUAUGUGGACCAUGCAGUCCAUAGUGUUUCUGAACAAUCAUUUUCUUUCAUUUGUCUAGUGACUAAAUCAGAUGCUGGGCAAUGGAGAAUCAAAGACACUGUGAUGUCAAUAUUUGCCUUGAAGAGAGGUUUGACUGUUUUAUUAUUUUUAAUAUUAUUGGGUCAAAUAGAAGCCUGUACUGAGCUUCUGUUUGAGAAAAUCAAGCUCUGUAGGAAUUGACUUCAGAACUGAGUAAGAUGCCAGAAAAUGACAAUUGAUUCUAGCCACUGCAGAAACUUGAUUUUUCAUGUAUCUGCCAGAUUUUCUAUUGCAAAAUGCAUUAAGUAAGCAGCUGAGGUGCACUUAAAUUUACUAAGGCACAGUUCUCUAACCUCUUUCUGAGAUGAAGAAACAAGAAAGAACACAAUCAACCUAUAGGUUGUAAAGAUGUGUCUCUCGGGACUGCUGUGCAUCAAUAUAAUGAUGUGGAACUUAAAGAAAAUAUUUUGAGCUCUGGAGGAACUUCAGAAUUUGGUUUGUUACUUGCUGACUUGUUGUAAGGGUAUGUGAUGCUUCACAGACAAUUAAAUAUAAUUCUUCUAGUAGUUCUUGUAGGAAUAGCAAAAGGCAAAGUUAGCCCAAAUGUGAUUUGUUCUUGCUGAACAAUUAACCUUAAGAAGAUGCAAUGAUAAAAAUUACUAAAUAUGCAUGUGCAUAUGAGUCUAAGGAACCAGCAGAAUAACAGGAAAAAAGUUACUCUGUCCAAAGAAAAUCUCUUGGUGAUGUCCAUGUAUUUAUAUAUAUUAUAUUGCCACUGAAGAUCAAAAGCAAUGAAAAUACUGUAAGGCAACAAAACCUGCAAGAAAUGGUAUUAAAUAGUUGAACAAGUGCUACUGAAAAACUUAGUUUUAUGUAUCAGGCAUUGUUUAAGGAUCACAGACUAUACAACUUUAUGGAUUAAAUUUUAUGACUGGUAAUUUGUCCUAAAAUUGAUAAGUUUUUGAUUAAUCUCAUGAAUCAGUCUUAAGGCUGUUACACUUUUUAAGUGCUCUGACUUUAUGCAUUGAUACAGCUUGCAGCAGAGUGAGAUAUCUUUUGGAACACAUCAGAAGGUGAAGUACAUAUCCAUAUAUCAUUUCAUGUACACUGUUUUGAUUUCUGUGAUGAGAUCUUGGCCUUUUUCAAAUCAAUUGUAUCUUAAAAAUGGCUUUCUUGUAUCCUUACCCCUUGCUGGAAUAAAUCCAGCACCUUGGUUUCACAAAGGCAUGACUGUGAGCAGGACGUGAUCUGUGCUUCAUGCCAAACAAUACUCCUGUCAGGGCAGAACUGCAGUGCUGUGACUUGCACUGGUGCUAGAGAGUGUCACAAGCCUCGAGUGCCAGAAGGAAGCAGAUGAGAGCAAAUACUGGAUACUGCACAUUCUAGGGAGCUGUUUCUUAUUGAAUUUAUCUUCUUCCUUGGUCUACAGUGGCAUAUUGUUGAUUUGAGACAUCAGUGUCAACAGAAAUAUAUUGGAUAUUGUUUUUCUUUUGCCUGAACCACAUUUUUUUUGCUUUAAAAAUGCUUCCUAUCUUCUCACCAUCCAGCUGCUCUGUUUCAGACACCAAAGCACAGAGAAAAUUUCCAUUUAGACAUGCAUCCCAUUUUGUAUAGGUGAGAUUUGUUUGUUUUUAUACAAAACAAUUUACUGACAUGUUUUUGCUUUCUUUGUUUUGAAGCCAAACUCUUCCCUUUUGAUAUUCCAUAUAUCCACAGGAGCACCCACCUUUGCGUGGCUUUCCCUAGUGUAUAAAGGGAAGGUAGCACUGCACUGCAUUGCAGCUCUCUUUGAGAGGCUUCCAACUGGCAGGAGAAUAAUUCCACUGCCCAAAGCUCCUGCCUUGCUGGGGGCAGGCUCUGGCACUGGCACUCAUUUUUGGGGUAUUUUAGUAGAGGAAAAAAAAUUCAGUGUAAAGGAAUUAGAAAAGAGAAAUGGGAGAAGGCAGGAGGCAAUCAGUCAGUAGGGGUGGUGGAGAAGCAUGAGAGAAUCUCAGAAGUAAGGAAAAGAAGUUGACAGAAAGAACCCUCAUAUUUUUUCACUUAUUUCCUGUUUUUUUGUUUUUUUUUUUUUUUUUCCACCAACUGCUUUUCUCCCCUUUCCUUCCUUCUCCCUUCUAUCCUUCCAUCCCCUCCUGCUCCUAUCCUGGUCCCCCUUCCCAACCAGCCUGCAAUCUAGCAGUGUUUAUAUUCAAAAAUGAGGGUCUUUGUGAAUCCAGAAAGGCAUGUUCCACCCACCCAGAUAUCAGCGAGCAGAACUUAGCAGGGAUGUAAUUAAUAACCAGAGGCAGCACUUUUUGUAAGAGUCAGGGUGUUGCUCAGAUUGUGGAACAUAAGUGUGGGGUAAAUAGUAUCACAUUUGUGUCAGGUCUGUAAAUGAAAUACCACUUAUGGCUUAGGUAGAAAUUCACAGUCUGCAACCUCCUUGUGAAGGGAAGAGGAGGGGCAGACACUGAUCUCUUCACUCUGGUGACCAGUGACAGGACCUGAGGGAAUGGCCUGAAGCUGUGCCAGGGCAGGUUUAGGUUGGGUAUCAGGAAAAGGUUUUUCACCCAGAGGGUGGUUGGGCACUGAACAGGCUCCCCAGGGAAAUGGUCACAGAACCAAGCCUGACUGAGCUCAAGAAGCACUUGGCCAAUGCUUCUGGGCACAGAGUGUGGUAGCUGGGGUGUCCUGUGCAGGGGCAGGAGUUGGACUUCAUUAUCUUUGUGCACCCCUUCCAACUCAGCUGAUUCUGUGAUAAUGCCAGAUAUUACCAUUUAAAAGCAGAUUUCUUGUUGAUUCCCAUGUGAACAGGUUGCUGUCGGGGACUGCUGAGAGUAUCAGGCGGAUUUGACUGGCAAAUGCAGCCAUGGGCUCCUGACAUGCUGCUGUGUAUUAAUACAUUUAUUCAUUUCCCCAUAUUCCUAACAUCUAGAGCAAGUGACAAAAAACCACUAAGCUGUGGAAAGCUUCUCUAAUAUUUUUUGAUUAGCUGACAGUGUUUGUGAAGCUGCUAAUACUUCAUCCAGAAGAGGACAUUUCUCAAAUGAAAUCACAAUAACCCUGAGCUGGAUGUGCAGUUUGUGACUGAUAGCAGUUGCUCAGUUGCAGUCAGUAAAUAAUGCUGUCUGAUGCUGUGUGGCUGCAAUGCUUUUGCCUGUAUUUCUGAAAUGUUUAUGCUCUGUCAAUCAAGAGACAGCAGAUGUCAUUAAAACCAUCUCAGCACUUUCCAGCUGCACAAAAAUUGCAGCAUCUCUUCCAAGCACAGCAAAAUGUCAUAGCUUGCUGAGACUUCUUAAUUUUGUGCGUAGUUGUAGUUAAUUUGUUUGAUGAACCUAUGUUCCAAGCACAGUCUAGCAGAAUAAAAGGUCACUGUGUGUCUCUAGACAAGUUACAAGAUUUUACCGACUUUAACCCAGGCCAAUGCCCUCCCAUCUCACUGGCACAACUCAGGUGGUGCACAGAGUGGUAAUGCACUGUGGAAUGGACUGAUGGCUGUUACAGGUAGGUAAGGAGUCAAGGCAGAGCUCCUUGGGGAUAGAUGUAAUUUAUAUGUAGUUGUAUCUGCCCUCUGGACAGAGUUCAUUUAGGUAUAUAAUAUCAGAUUAGAUAUUUGCUGAGAAAACACCUAUAUCUUAUAUCUUUUUAAUGACUAUAUUGCAGAGAGAAGCCUUUGCUCAUGUUUUUAUCAGGUCAAGGGCUGUGGCUCAAGGGUUCUUUAAUUCACACCCCCAUCAGUUUUCUCCCAAUCACAUGUGCCGUUGGGAAGGAGAGACUUUGCAGCAUCCCAAACAGAUCCAUGAACUUUUAGCCAAGGAUUUGGGUUCCCAGAUGAGGGCUGGUGGUGGUGGGGGAACAUUAAGUGAGGGAUGUAUGUAUAUGUACAAUGCCAUGUAGUUUCAUGUGAUUUCAUUUGGAGUCCCCCAAAAAGCUAGCUGUCUGUUAAGAGUCAGUAAUGACCUGCAAGUGGAAUUUCCUCCUGUAGGAAAUUACUGCAGCCUCCUGUAGUAAUUUAAAAAAAAAGCACAUAAUAAAAUAUGAGAGGGAGCAAACUGGUGCUGGCAAAGAGGCAGGCACAAUAUGCUGGCAAUACUUUUAUAAACCAAAUUUGCAUUAUUUCUUGGCUUGUAAGCCAUAUAAAAUAUUCGUACUUUGCCAUGUGUUGUAAAAUCUGCCACUGUACAUUAAUACAAAGAGAAUAAUGGAGCCAAGUCCUGGAAUUGCAGCGUUAAAGAUGGAAAAAAAAAAUUCUUGGCUCACGUAAAUUACAGAAAUGUUGUUUAGCUGCCACUGCUGUUUUAUUGUUGCAGCUGCAUCAGUGGUGAUGAGGAGCAAGGGACCAUGCACAAGCAGUGGUAUGCAGGCUUCCCUUUCUUCCUUUGCCCAUUUGACACUGACCAUGAAGGCUCAGGGACCCCUGUAGCCUCGAGGGCUGCUCAGCAGACCCUUCCUGGGCCUGGUGUGGAGCCAGUUGUCCCUAGAGAGGAAUGUGGUUGUGCAGGAAAAUAAUGAGACCUGUAUGAAAUAGCCUUCGGGGAGGUAAAUAGAAUCACUGAAUUUGGUGUUGCCACCCUUCUAUACCUGUAUGAGACCUGGGAGAGAAAGCAGAAAUGAGGACGAAGUUGAAGGGUCAGAUAUUUAACAGCAGCCAUUUGAAGGCUACUUUGUGUUAUGUUAAUCCAAGGGCUUUUACUGAGUUGCAGGUAGAAUUCGUAUUUAGCAUUGAACCCAUUCCAUGAGGUGGAAUAAUGUAUUGUCUUCCCACAGGCUUUGAGUUACAGCUACAAUAUGUGCUUUUCUCUGAGCCAGUUUCUAGUUGUGAUGCUGUCGCUGCCUUUCAGGCUGAUUGGAUUUGGAUCUUUCUGAAGCAUUGCACGUGCCAUAAAUCAUCCUUGCAGCUUCUACUCCAUUUCCUAGAAACCUGGAAACUAUAAGCAUGAAAGAGUUCAAAGUAGUUUCUCUGGCUCAAUAUUAUUUUUUGACAGCAUCAAGUGAUGUGGAUUUCAUGGAAAGAGAUUUUCCCUGCUCCUGAAUUUUGUACUUUAGGACUUCAGGUAUUUUUAAAAAUAAAGUAUUUGAAGAGCAGCUUAGACCUAAUUUUAUUCCAGGCAGUGUAACCUCAAGUACACAACGAAGUAUUCAUUUCUUCAGUUUACACAGUUGCAAUCUUAUAUAUUUGGAUUGUGUAUCUCUGGAGAAAAAAGUGCUGAAUAAAUAAUUCCAGGUGCCAAAAAGCUGGUUGAAUGCUCAGUGAGCGAAUUCCUUAUGAACCAGAAUGAUCCUGGAGUCAGACAGCAUGGCUUGAUAAGUCUUCUGUGGAAAGGAAAACACUUCUAUUCUUAUUUCUCUAAUUAAUUUCAGAGGGGAUGGAGUAACAGUCUUGCUGUUCUGUGGUGAUGGAGAGCAUUGAAUGAAAUGAAAGACACAAUGAACUUAAGGUGUUUAAACAGGAACAUGACUUUUUCAUAAACACCUCACUUCCCUUGGGACAGUAAUUUUCAUGUUGUUCCCAAGCUACCAAGCCCAUUGCACUGGUUUUCCUUGCUGGGUAUUUUAAAGAUUAAAUUAGCUCCAGUUAGAGAUGUAGAAAGAGAACUGGCUGAUGGAUAGGAUGGAGGGGAGGGUAUGUGUGUGUGGAGUUUUUAUAAUUUAUAUUUAUAUUCUAUGUUUUUGCCUUUGGCAUCACACACUUUUGCAUUGGAUUAUUUUUUUUUUAAUUGAAUGAAGAAUCAAAAUAAAUACUAGACAAUCUUUAUCUGUAGAUUUCAUUUAGGCUGCUGAAUGUGAAGGAAAAGUUAGAUUUCAGCAUUUCAGUCUUGACAGUGAAUUUAAAAAUUCACCAGAAGCAUUCUUAAGCAACAUACAAAUUUACGCAUAAAUAUGGCACAUUUAAUGUAUCUCAAGCCACAAAACUAAAAUCCUGGCAGUGUUUAGUGAAUGAAAGAUUAAUAAAAAUUUAGGUGUUAAUCUGGUUCUGUUGUAGUGCAUAUUCUGGUGCAGUAAUGUACUCUUGGCUGUUAGGCUACCUCUGUAAUUGGGAGUCUAGUGCUUCUGGACUUUCAUAUAUCUAGUCUUAUACAGACUGACAGGACAGCUGUCAGAGCAUUAUUGUGCAGGCUUUUAGCUGUCUGUCAGCAAAGGUAACCUCUGCUAAUCUGCCCAGGAGCUGCUGCAUUCCAGAGGUGUGCAGGGAGAACAGGCAAGUGGGACUGUGGGGCUUUGCCAAAGGCACUUGCAGCAGAGCUGCUGGGUUUUGUUGGCUUGCUUUCAUUGUAUUGUCACCUGCUGAAAACAUCUGUGAUCUCCAUUUAAUGUGUCAAUUAAUGCCAAGAAGAUUUUUGUUAUCUAGAAAGGGUUUAUAAAACACAAGUGUUUCUUGAAAGCAAAUACUGACCUGAGGCUAGAGAGGUGUCUUUUGUCCUGGCUUUUGUGCCUUGUCGUAGGAGUAAUGACUGGGCAAGAAUGGGAAUGGCAUAACGCACUUUAGAGUUCCAAGAGCCUUUAGGGCCACUGAAAGUCCCUAUGAAAAUAACCCUUGAAGGAAUCUGGGGACUGGGGUAGGGGAUCUGCGUGCUGGAUGUGCCACACAGCUCCAGGUGUGCUCCAGGUGAUGGGUGGGAAGAAGACAUCUCUGCACCAGUGUCAUUGUGCUGCUGAGGUGGCACUGACUGCAGCCUUCUGUGCUCUCUCCACAAUGUUCUUCUCAAUCCAAUACCCAGUUUUCCAAGUGUUAAAAUGCUUCCUCAGACCUGAAAACAGAGAAGAGAUGUAAUGAGGGCAACUGUAAGGAGGUAAUGAAGUAAAAAAGAGGGGCUGAUGGCAAGGGCCAUAUCUGUAGAGAGAACAUGCUGAAAAGAUGCUUUGUUGGAAAAUCUUAUCUUCCAUGUCUUGAAGCUUUUCCUUUCUUCAACUCCUGUGGAGAAUCAAAGAGUGGUUUAGGUUGGAAGAGACCUUAAAUAUCAUCCAGUUCCCACUCCCUGCCAUGGGCAGAGAAAACUUCCAUUAGAUCAGGUUUCUCAAAGCCCCAUGCAACCGGGCCUUGAACAUUUCCAGAGAUGAGACAUCCACAGGUUCUCUGGGCAAAUUGUGCUGGUGUUUCAUUACUCUCAUAGUAAAGAAUUUCUUCCUUACAUCCAAUCUGAACCUUCCUUCUGUCAGUUUACAGUCAUACUCACUGGUUCUGUUACUACAUGCCCAGGUAAAAUGUCCCUCUCCAGCUCUCUUGUAAUUCCCCUUUGUCUACUCAAGGCCACAGUUAAGGUCACCUUUGAGCCUUCUUUGCUCCAGGUUGAAUAACCCCAUCUCUCUCUCUUUGUCUUCAUAGGGGAAGAUGUUCCAGCUUUCUGAUGAUCCUUGUAGGCUUUUCUGGACGUGCUCCAGCAGGUCCAUGUCUUUCCUCUGCUGGGGACCCCAGAGCUGGAUGCAGCACUGCCGGUUGGGUCUCAUGAGAGUGAAGCAGAGCUCCCCUCCCUCUCUGCUGCCCACAGUGCUUUGGAUACAGCCCAAGAUGCCACUGGCUUUUUUUUUUUUUGGCAUUGCAGAGUCACGCUGAGCUUCUCAUCCAUCAACACCCCCACGUCCUUCCCCUUGGGGUUAUUCUAAAUGCAGUCUCUGCCCAGCCUGCACUUGUGCUUGAAAGUAAAAGGACUGUGUGUCUGCAUAGCUUUUGCAAAGCACUUUCUCCCUUCUUGUGGUCAUUAUGGAAUGGGUAAACCACUGGAAUGUAACCUGGAGAUAAAUUUGUCUUGGGAAGGGAACAGCCUAGCUUAUUUUGUAGUCUUUGUUUUCCUUGAUUCUGUUCUUCUUUGCAUCCAAGUGAGCUUUGGCAACAAACACUUCUCUUCCAUGCAUGCAGCAUGUGCCAGGCUUUAUAAUCCAUCCAAUGUUCCCAGCUAUUCAGCAAACUAAAAGAAAGGGUGAAGGGAAUAAGGUCAGAAGAAAUGCUUUGUAUUGCUAAAAUCCUGCUUUUCUGCAUACAAUUCCAGUGUUCCAUUCCUUUGAAAUGCAGAUGACUUUCCCAUCAAAAAUCUAGUCCACCAUACCAAAAAAAAAAAAAAAAAUGGAAUAGGCCUUACAUAGGCUGAUUGGUUGUUUAUUUUCAGAUGAAGGUGAAAAAGAGAAGAAAAAUGCUUGGCUUCUUCAUGGUGCAAAAAGGCAAGCAAAAAUAUUUGUGUAGUUAAUAGUUAAUUCCACAUUUAUCAAAGUAAUCAUUAUUUGGUGAAUUCAUCAAAAAAGAAACUAUAUAGACAUUUGACCAUAAACAUAAGGAAAAGUAAAAAAAAUUGCUGAUCUUUUCUCUCUCUGACUCCUUUUGUGGAGAUUGAUGUUCGUUUUACUCAGCAAGUCGGAUGAUGAACCACUUGUUAAUUAAGUGGUUGAAAGGUAUAGUUGAAAGAGGAGUUUAGAGCCUGAGACAGCUCAGCAUGGAGGAAACCACCUUUGUGAUCAAUCUUGUCAGGUUUACACCUUAAUUAAAAUUAUCUUUGGCAGUGUGAAGGCAGCUCAGUUGCUGGGAAAGUGGACACUAAGCAUUUUGCUGUGGUCAUUUGGGAACAAGAGUACUGCAGGGAUCAGCAGCCAAUACUGCUCCCACCAGGAAGAGCCCACAGUGGGCAUUGCAGUACAGCGGGCUCGGAGCAUCGGGACAGAUCCGGGCUGCAUCAAGGAUCACUUCCUGUGGGGAAACAGCUCAGGGCUACAAAACUGCAGCCCUGCCUGAAAUUCCAUGUGAUCCUGUGCCAGCCAUUUGUCAUCCUGCACUUCUGGUCUCUGUCACAUCUUUUGCCUCUCUUUCUGAGGCAUUUGAGCUACAUAGGGCGGCAGUGAUCUCAGUCUGGGAAAAUGGUGAUGUAGGUGUAGAGAAGUGGAAAAGGUUGAGCACUUAUUGGAAGAACUGAUUUUUGCUUUGUUUGCAAGUUAUUUACCAUGAAUUGACUUUAAUGAAGUGUCUAUGAAAAAAAGGAAGACUAGUUUGAGGGGGAAGAAAAGUAAUUGUCCCCCAUGCUGUCCUGUCAUAGUUAUAUAAAAAAUAAUAUAAUUGAUUACACCAAACAAUAGAUUUUUUUUUUACUUGGUUGCUGAACCAACUCAUUAAAAAAAAUCUGUAAUUUAAGACCCCUUGAGCUUUUUAUUUUGACUCAAUGUUUAAUUUGAUUUGGAGGAGUUAAUUAUUUUGCAUAAUUAAACUUAGACUGGUUUGACAUUAAAAAAAAAAUCACAAUGAAAAAGUAUUUUUUUUUAGAAUAUGUUGAAAUUCAAGAUUUCAGCAUCAUUGGAAACAAGAAGCUCUCAGAAAAUUUCACAAUGAAAUAUGCACUGUUCCAAAAUCCCUCCUGCCUUUUUUGUUUUGUUUUUGUUCAGUUUGUUUUGUAGAAUACUCCCACCAACUGUGGGCUGGAUUCAGAUAUAAAGUUUCUCUCUCUGUCACAGCUUUUUUCAAUGAAUUUUCUAUUCACAAAAAAAUUUGUUCUCAUCUGGUUUUAGCUGUAUUCUUUGGAAAAUGCUUAUUUUCUUUGGAGAAGUCAGAGGAAAAAAAAGUAAAAUUUUUGUCACUUCCAUGAUUGCUGUCAUGAAUCCAUUGAUGUGCAUGACAGUUUACCAAUCACUCAGGUUAUUGGUAAAGGAAAAUGAAUUAUCUACUUUGUUCAAGACAGAAAAUGAAAAGCAGUUACCAGAAAAUCACAUCCUGGGGAAGGAAAUGAGUCCAUUUUAACAAGUUUAUGAGGGAGAGCUUCAUUACAAAGCAUAAAAAAAGGAAACACAUGAAAAGCCUGUUGGACUCCAUCUGUUCAUAUGAUUCCUUUGAUGGGAAUCUAACUGAAGGCAGUUAGAGAAUCAGAGAGAAAUUCAUUGUUUCUUUUAAAUAAUAAUUACAAAUGGGUAUGUGUGUUCUUCUGCAAUAAUUAGCAAGUAUGUUUUGAAUAGAGUACUUUUCAGAAAAUAAACUUGCACCAACCAGUAACUGCUUAAUGGCUGGUAAAGUGUAGUGUUCUUAAAUGGAUGUGCCCGCUCAAGAGGGAAUGUUAUAAUAUUAUUAUUCAUAUUCAUGCUGUUUAGUCUAGAGAAGAGAAGGCUUGGGCAGUUAGAGUCAUCUUGUUGUAUAUGAAAGCCUUUUGCAAGAAAGCUACAGGACUGUGGUUUUCCCUGUACUGUUUAGGGCACAGAGCUCAAGCCAAGGAGGAUGAAGAUGAAGGGUUGGUGGUAGAAGUGGCUCAAGAAUUCCUCCUGUUUGCCUGGGGCCCCUUGCUCAGCUCCAGCUGCUCACUACUUCAGUCAUGCUGAUCCAAACCUGUGUAAAGGUAGAGCAGAUUGCUUCAAUCAUCCAGGUUAGAACAACAAUAAUAAUCCUUUGCUGAGUGGGAGAAGGGAGCAGUUGAAAAGGCCCUGGAUGACUCUCUUCUUGAUGGAGACCCAACUCUUUUUUUCAAUGACUCCAUACUUUAGCAACAGUCCAAAUUACAGAAUCAUAAAAUCAGUGAGGUUGGAAAAAAACUCUGACCAGGACCCUUGAGUCUGACCUAUGACUUGCAUAAUUUUUCAGUCUGUUGUGGGUAGGAAAAUGUGCUCCACGGAGGUUCUGACUCAGUAGCUUCAGUAAGGACUUUACUGAGCUGCCUACCCAUGUCCAGAGAUGUCCCUGGCCUUGGAACGUGGGUUGUGCCAAGAAUAAAAUAGCUGGAUGAUGGGACCAGCCUUGUACAAUCUGCCAUGAGAGCAAAUUCUACAGCUACUACCAGUCUUCAAUGUAUUUGCUAAUUUUUCUUGGUAUAGAUGAUUUUUGGUAUGCAAGCACUACACAGGCAUGAUUUGUCUUGCCCUCAGCACAGUUUUAAGGAAUUGCUAAUAAUCCUAUUUCCUCUCUGAUUUUUAAAGUCAAAGUGCAAUCCCCUUCUUUUUGGUCUGUUCAAUUUUUCAUGCACAUAUUUGCAUGUAGUAGUGAGAAAUUUUUUAUGGUUUAUUUGUUAUCAUAUAGCUAUUAACAUUUUAAUUAUAUAAAUAGAGGUGAGCUGGACUACUGAAAGGAAAUCCUGAGCCUUACCUGUACAUGUUUUAUCUGCCAGAAGCAAGGUAUUUUUACGGCUCUGAAUUAAUCUUUUAUUUUUUUCCCCUGGAAGCGUUCUUCCAGAGGAAAUUUCCAAAUUCUGUCCUCCCAUUGUGAUCGUGAAUGGGUCUUGGUUUUGUUUCAAUUUCCAUGGCAACAGAAAAAUUUGUUUUCUGGCAGUGUUUGAAUACAAAAUUAUAAUUUCCCUGGGCUCUUUUGAAUAUGUCAGUUUACAUUUUUGCCCCCUCAAGUGUUUUGAACCCCUGUCCUUAACCCCUUGACUCCAUUUAAUUAUGUGAAAUCUCUUUUUCCUUAGCCAGGACAGACAGUUUUUUUCCCACACUUUCUUUAUUUUUUAGAUACAAUUUGAUUCCGUGUGCUGAUAGCAGAAAUAUAAGCCACAUUUUAUACUUAGGAGUUAAAUUCUUUCCUUAGAGGAAAUUGGUACUUUUUAAAUUAUUUCUAAGAACUGAACUUACUUCAAAUCUAAUUUCAAGGUUGUGGAAUAUAACCACUUUAAUUUUAAAGUCAGGACCUAACUUUCUUUGUUAUGUUUUACGUAAAUUCACGUAUUUUACAUCAUCUGACAUGUUCAUCAGCCAGACCAUGAGUGUGCUUGAAGAGUGCCAGCUAUAUAAUCAUUAAACUUUGCACUGAGUCUCCUGUGAUUUUCAACAAAAUACUACAAUUUAUUCCUGAAUAGUUGCCAGACAUCUGUGGUUUGCAGACCUUCAUCAUUCACUGUAUAAAUGAUGAUUGUAUUUAACAUCUGACGUCACCUGUGCCACCUAAUUAUCUUAAGUACUAGAAAGCUUCAAGAUCCAUGGUUUAAAUUCAAGCAACCUCUACAGUUUGAAUGUGAAAGAUGAAUAGAAGAAAGUCAGGGACACGACAGUCUUAUUCUUCUGUCCUUUGUCUACCUGUUUAGCUGCUUCCACAAGCAUCAGUGCAGUGAAUUCCAUCUCCGUGUCCCCCCAGCCAGUAUUUAAUCUGUGAAUCACGCUGCUAAUGCCGUUGUACCUCUCGGAGUCUGGCCAGUUUUCUUGCUCAGUUCAUUUCCAGCUGAGCUGGAAUACAUGCGUGAUUCCUUAACUGGAGAGGAAGAUACUUCUAAGAGAUCCCCAAACCUUUCCCUACUCUUUUACCCCUCUCUGUCAAACCAAAUUAAGGCAGCACUCAGAGCACCUGCCUGUGCAGAUCUGCAUCCUGCCUCGCUUUGAUAAAGGAGAAAAGAGCCAGCAACCCUGACAUGUGAGUUACUGGCAACAAGAUAAAGCCUAGAAUGAGUUAAUGGGGUAGUGCAAACCUUUGAACUCUGCUUUGCCACCACAACAAUCAUAUUAUUAAGGGAAAAACUGAAAAUACAGAUCUGCUUGGAAUACAACUUCUGGGAUAGAUUGCCUCUUCAGAGGACAGCUGGUACCCACAAUAGGCACUCCCAGAUGCUUCCUAACUUUUAGAGAAUGUUGUGCUGAUAGAAGGUAACUUUCAUUUCAUUAAAGCAUUAAUAAGAUUUAACUUCCAGCAUUGCCUAUUUGGGCAGUUAUAUGCAGUCUUUUUUAUUUAUAGUCUUUUGCUAUAUGUAUUCAUGCCUUUGGUGUAGUUGCUUAUUAUUAAUAGAUAUUUAUAUUAUAUAGACUUUUUUGAUUCUGAUACAAAUGAGUUUUCUGUUAAUGUUGAGACCUCAGCUUAAUAAUGCACUCUGCAAACUCUACUGUUUGAAAGUCAUGAUAAAGCUUCUCUGUAAUUUUAUUUUUUGCUCUCAGUGAAAUAUAAUCAGCAUGUAUUCAUUACCAGCAUAGAUAUUUAUAACUAUAUCUGAUUUGUUUUUCUUAGCUGUUAGAUCUUUUAUUACUUUUCUUGCAUGGAUUAUCUGAGAAAACAGCCUAGGCUUUAAGCUGUGGGAAGAGUAAGUUCUUAUAUCUUAAUAUGUGCCAAGCAAACCUAUCAUGUCACUCAGCUGAUUUGAGAGCUGUUUUUCUUUUAGAUAAAUAUUUUUAAGACUGCAUCUAUUUAUGACUUUAGCCCCUUGUGAAUGGUUACUGGAGGUCAUCUGUUGGUUCAGAAGUAUCUGUUAAUCAUGCAGGAAAGGGAGCAUGGGUGAAACAUAAGGAUUUCUUCCUGUGGGAAAGUGAGCAAUCAUUUUUGUUCUAGAUUAGUUCACUAGAAACUGUGAAACUGCAUUCCAGUCCAUGCCUUUGUAAACAUUUAAAAUGACAUUUCCAGUUUCUGAAGGUGUAAAGAAACAACUGUUUUUUUUUUUUUUUUCCAGCAUCUAUUCCUAUUCAGUCAUAAAACUUUACCUUUAAUGAAUAUUGGAAAGCCAUUUACAGGAUAAUGUCAAAAAAGAAAAAAUGCAGCUUCUUUUGUUUAAGUAUCCAAUGAUUUUUAAUGCUUCAUUUUCAUCUUUUGACAUAUUCAGGUAGAUGAUACUCAAAUAAUUUUUAAACCCCAGAAUUUUCAUUGUGUGCCAAAUGAAUGUGCAUCUUUAAUAAAUACUGCAGGAAUUAGAAUAAUUCAGAAUAAUUUGUAUCAAAAUGUGUUUAUUUUUUACUGACCCAUCCAUAAAAAUAUUCUAGCACACUAGAAAUCCGAAGCUGUGGUGGCUGUGAAGGACAGACAGAUGCCCUGCUCUCAGCAACACAAGUCUAUGAGCUUCAAGUGGACUAGGACUGAAAGAAAAACAGAAUCCACAGCCCAGCCUGAGCCCUCUGGCAGGACGAGGAGGAAGGACUUCUCCCGGGCUGGGAAUGAGCUGUGUUUGUUCUCUGGAGGUCACUGGUGAACAAAGGCAGCUGUGCAGUUCCCAGCCAGAGGAGGUCUCGCUUGAAAGCUGGUGGGGAACUUUGGGAAGCCCAGGACAAAGCUCUGCAGGCUGAAGCUGAGAGGAGGACAAGGUGCAAGGGCAGAGGUCCUGGAGUGAGGUGGUGGAGGGAGUUGUUCAAGCACUUCUUCCUCCGUAAACUCUUCGGAGUGGCACAAGUAGUCUGGAGCCAUAGAGUGAUAUCAGGAGUUAAUUGUGUCCAUGAACAAGGAAAUCAAUUUGUAAUUAUUUUACAAACUGCAGUCUUUUCAGAACUUUUCUUGUAGCUGCCAUCUACAGUAGAAAAACUUACUGUUGGUACAAAGACAUUUACAGAUGAAAUCAAGAGGGGUGAGGAGCCCAAGUAGUCAUAGCUUUGCUCAUUUUAAGAAUCCCUAAACUACAGACCACUCCAGUCCGUUUUCUGAUCCCUGUGAAUGGGAAGUGUUUGUAAAUUUUGUUUUGGAAAGGUCCUAUGUUCUAGGCCAUCAUGGUUACUAUAUCUUCUCUCAGCAGAGGAGAAUAUUAAAGCUGUUCCACAGGACGUUGUCCUUUCCAGGGGAAUGGCGUUAUGGCUUACUGUAAUGCUGUCUGGAAAACAAAACCAGAUCUACUACUCUUCUAUAUCCCUCUUUUAAUGAAAUUUGUCUCUAAAUCCUUUUAAGCUCUUUUCUUUUUUCUAUUUUUUUUUUAACUUCUUUCCUGAGAGAUUGGAGAUAGCAGCACUCUAGCAGUAUUAGAAAAAUACAAUUUUUGUUUACUUUGUUAUUUUGUGACAGCUGGCUUUGACAAAACAAUGGAUUGAUUUUAUCUGCUCAGCAAAUGAUUUUCAUUCAUCUGCAGCCCUGGAAACCUGCUUGGAUCUCGGAAAUUCAUCUGGUCCCAGUUUCAAAUUGAAUUGUCUCAUUUUUAUUUGGGAUGAGUGACCAUGGAAACUUAGAUCAUAAUUUCAUGUCUGUGCAUCCCAAUCCACUCAUCCCAGUCCUCUUCCAUUUCCAAAACAAACUUUGGUACUUCUCAACUGUAACUGUUGGUUCUAAAUUUUCUGGAGGGUAUUUAUGGCACAGAAUAACUGUUCAGGGAAACAUGCCUCCUUCAGUGAAUUCUUAUUUGUGUGCAUAUGCUUUCCUUGGAAAUAUUAAUGUUGGAUUUUCUCUUUAUGCCCAGCGACUGCCAUUCUUUGCAAGGUUCUUUUGACUGUGUAGAUAAUAGCAGAGAAUAAGAAGGUAUUUUACAAGAGUUUGCUAUUUGGAUCUGGCAGAUUUCCAUUAGUUAACAUAUCUUUGUGAGCUUCCCAGAGACUCCCAUUUUUAGGAACAAAAUGGUCAAAGUAAGUUGCUGACUAAGCAGUAGUUGAAACAGACCUCUAGGUGACAUCUCUGAACAUCACAGAUAUUCUUGGUCACAGAAAGUCUGAAGGUUCCUGACUGGGAUGCUUUCAUCAGACACGAUCAUUGUACCCUAAUUGGUUGUAAUUUACUUUUACCCUCAAAACACAGGGCAGAGACCCCAGCUGAGCAUCUCUGGAGGUCAGAGUCAGUGGAGACAUGGAAAAAGCAGCUGGUAGCAGACAGCCACUAAACAAUGAAACCUCAUUCCUGGUCAGAGCUUGAGCUGUGGCAGAGGAGGAGUCACUGACCUCUCUGGGAUCUUUGCAUCCUGUCCUGAGCUUACCAGCAUUUAUCAGCUCUACUAGCUGCUGCAUUUCAUUUGACUUCAAGACAAGGCAUUUCCUUUAAGAACUGCUUUGAUGAGUGCAAUUCCUGUUGGAGUGGCUGAGAGUCUGAGUGCAGUGACUGAUGACCUGCCCUGGGAAUGGCUCCUUAGCCUGAAGAGCAGAUGUGAGAUUCAGCAGUAGCUAGUGGCACUCCUUCUCACUUACCUGACCUGCACCCAGACUGUGACUAAAGGAGAUAGAAGGAGUAUGAGUUAAGAAACUUGGUGAGCUUGGUGAUUGUAAACAAAUUAGACCACUGUACAUUUUUUGUUUUCCUUUGGUAUUACUGAUAGUAACUGGUUUGUUCAUUGCUUAUCAAUACAAGCAGCAAGAUAUAUUGUUACUCAAGCGUUUUGAGGCUCAGUAAAAUGGAUAUUUUAAGUUUGUUAAACGGGUUGUUUUACUUAAUAACAUUUACUUACCUGAUAGGAUGGAGUAAAAUUUUAUUUUCUCUAUUUCCUUACAUCUGCACUGCAGGUGAUUGACCUUCUGUAGCCUGCCUAGUAAAGGGAAGUGGAGACUUGGUAUAUAUUGGUUUUAAAAAUUUUACAGAUUAAUGUGAAUUCUGCAAGAGAUUUUGGGCAAUGUUUUUCUACAUUCUCAAAAAAAAAAAAUAGAAUUAUUGUGAGGAAAAAAAAUUUUUCAAAAGACUGGAGUGUUUGCUUUUCAUCUGAGACAAGCAGACUUUAUUAGCAGAAUUAAAAUAUUUUAAAGGCACACACCCCUUCAUGAAGCUGAUUUCCGACUGAUAUGUCCAAGAAUUAACACCCUUCUCCAGAGGUUCACUGUGCAUCGUCAAGAAAAAUAACUUCAAUUAUUUUAACAUUGGCUAAUAUGUCUCAAAGUUGUAAUAAAUCUUUGACUGAAUGUGAAACCCAAAUACUUUCUUAAGUUUUCCUUUGGUUUGUUGGAUAGGAGAGCCACUAGUUAAAAAUUCUAAACACUUUGUUUGAAAAUAAUGUUUUACAGCGAUUGCUUGACUUCUGUGGGCAUGAGAGAGAUUUUUCUAAGUGGUCUGGUGCAUUAGUGCUCAUAACUCUAGUUUGUGCCUGUGAUUAUUUCCUGGUGCUGACUGAAGAAAGAGAUCAUAAAAUCAAAAUACAAAGCUUUUAGCUGUACUGGUGGCUAACUGGAAAUCAACAUCUUCACUCACUGGAUAGGGACAGGACUAAGUGGCAAAUCUGACUAAAAAUUGGAUAAAAUCUCCCAGAAGAUGGCAGUGCACCUAUAAGUAGUGUUCUGCCAAUUUGGCAAUUUAUGUAAUUUCUAGCUGUUUUUUUUUCCCCAAUAUUGCAUGCAAUGUAAUGACAUCAGCUGCAAUGUGUGUGUUUGGAUACCAAUGGUACUUUUGAUCUUGAAAUCUGGAGUGAGGUACUCGUAAUUCCCAAAGGCCUGUCCUGCAGGGAUGGUGAUGGACUGGAUACUUUUGGUAGGUUGACAAAUUGCUCAGCACUUUGUUACACUCACCAGCAGAACGAAGAUCCCCUUUCCUUUGGAAUCCUUCAGAUAAUUCCCAUGCAAAACCCACUGACUACAUCCAGAGCUUUAAAAGAUGUCUGAAUUCUCAAAGUGUCAUUGCUUUCAGAGAUAUGGAUAUUGUAGGAUAAGAGUUACUAAUAAGAGGAAUAAAUAAUGAGGUUUAAAGUCUGACCAUGUUAUAUCUUUGCUGCACUGCUUCUCAUCAAAGAAUUUCUUCAUUCAGUUAUGGAUCAAAAGCAUAUGUUCAAAAUUACCAAAAAGUACUACUUCUAUAUUAGUGGUCAUCUAAGAGCAAUUGCUGUAAGUUUAGGGAAAUUUCCAAAUCAGUUUCCUAAGCAGGAGUCUAAUGUGGAUUUUCAAACAAUCCACAAAUCGUUUGAAAGUUUGAUCAAACUUGUUUGACUUGUUUAACCUUUCAAAAAUUGAUCCUUAUUAUUUUAUUUAUUUUGGAAUUAGCCAUAGGGAAUAGCAAUAUCUCUUUUUAAGAAUUCAUCUUAACUUAUAGCUAUAAUUUGCAAACAAAACCUAGUAGUUUUUCUAUAGUAAUCAUCUUAUGAGCUGUUUGAUAUGCAUAUUUACAUGAAUAAGCAAGUCUGUUUAUGUAAUGCACCUGAAUGAAGAGAUAUUUUUAAAGAGUAGAGAAGGAAAAGCGGAGGUUUUAGACCCAUAACAGUGCUUACAUCUAAAUUUUUGAAAGUAAACUUUACCAUCUCCAUCUGUCUCAUCCAGAAUUGCUACCAGAAAGCUAAAGAUCACUUAAGUAUUUAUCUCUGUAGCUUAGUCUGAUAAAAACAUUACAUGAUGGCUCAUUUGUAACCAUUUAUUUAGUUUUCCAAACAGCAGAAAUCCACUAGAAUUAAAAAAAAAACCAAACCAAAAACAAACAACAACAACAACAAAAAAAAAAAAAACCACCACCAAAAAAACACAUUAAAAUUACAGCUCUUUCUUUAACAUAAAGAAGAGCUGAAGAAAUGAUUGUGUGCUCUUAUUCUGCAGUCAGAUGUAAUUGCAUAUUCUUGUCCUACGGUUUAGACACUGUGGAUGCUAAUUCUACUAAAUUAAUAUACACUACAUCAUUUCCUUUGCACAAAGCAUAAAACUAAGCAAGGAGUUAAAAUAUAGCACAAAGCAUAAAACUAAGCAAGGAGUUAAAAUAUAGUGCUUUUUUGUUUGUUCUAUUUUAAUUUCAUUUCUCUCCUCCUCAAGUAAGCCAUGGAAGCUGCAAGACACAUUGGGUUCUUAAUUCUUUAGAUGUCUACUGUCCAUUUUAAAAGUGUGUUUGUUUUGAGUUUGUUUCAUCAUAGAGCAUCUUUAGUCUCUUUUAGGGCCCACCUGUGAACUGUACCUGUCUUGACCAUAAACUGAGGCAAAAUCUUCCUCAGCACCCAAAGAGACCCAGCAGCACCUUCCCACUCCAGUGGCCAGCAGAGCUUUGUAGCCCAUCCUUGAUGGCCAAAAUCACAAUCCAUAGAUUCUGUGAGGAGGGCAGCAGUGACACCUAUGAUCCAUUCACCAGUAGAACCAGUGGUAUAUGUUGCCAAUACCCACUUCUCCAUCUAAUAAUCCAGCUUUCACUACUGGCAAGCAUCCUUCCCUUUGUCAGGAGAGGGCUCACAUGAAAUCCCCAACCCCCCUGCCAGUCACCUUUCUCACAUCACUUUCUGGGUGCUUGCACGACUCGCAGUGCUGGUGUGACUGAUGGAGCUUCUGGGUUCUGUGCAGCUGCUCAAACUGUAACUGCUGCCAUUUGCUGCUGCCUCGGUGUAAUCUGGAUGUGCUCUGACAUGUAAAUGAUGCUGCUUGCUAUUUACUUGUUCCUACUGUUUAAAAUCUCAAUAAAACUGAAAAAUGCCUCUAUACAAACUGCAAUUAUCUCAGCUGACUAUUCCACAAUAAGGCAAGCUACCUCAGCACAAAUAAAAUGUUGACUUUACUUUCUGUAUUUUCCCCUGUGUUUUUUAGUGAAUUGUCCAUCUUUAAUGUCACUGAUGAGGUAAAUCCAACCUUGUUAUUUAGCCUACAGCAGUGUUAUUCUGGCCAAAUUCUGGAAUCUUUAUGAAAGCAAAUCUAUUUAUAUUAGGGACCAUAAAGACACUACUAAAAAUGAAGGAUUACAGUGUGGGAUUUUCAGGAGGGUCAGUGACUCACAGAGCAUUUUUCUUUAAUUUGUUUUGUGAACCAUGUUUGGCUUAUCAAUAAAGCUGCUGUAAUUAAUAGUAACUGUAAUUAAACCAUUAAAACUGUC